AUGGAUUGUGGGUUGUGGAGUGCUGUGCACAGUGGCUGCCGUCCCCGGUUGCCGAUACAGUGGCUGCCGUCCCGCCGGACAGCUCAAUGGCGGACACCGUGGAAGACCCGCCAGGAAUCUCCCGUACUAAACCUCCAGUUCCUUUCUCUGGGGACUUCCCUUUGCUGCAGGAGGCGAUUCAAGCCCAGAAAAUCUCAGACCGCUCAUCCAAAAAACGGCGCUCGACGGCUACACGGGAAGUCUGGCGCCAUGUCUCGACGGGCACUAAAUGGAUGGUUGGCAGCCGAUGAGAAGGUCCAUGAAAUCAGAGCCUUCGUGUACGGAGCUCUCCAGCUAGCGAAAUGCAAUAGGAAGCUUGGAUGUGUCGGGGGAUCCCGCAGCCAGCGGCCUAUCCAUUGGGUGGCUCCACCAACGGAAUGGGUGAACGUGAAUUCAGACGGGGCUUAUCAUAAAUCCUCGGGUAUGGCCUCAACUGGAGGGUUGAUUCGGGACUCUAAUGGGACAUGGUUGGGAGGAUUUAUGCGAAAUAUCGGGAUAUGCUCUCUUGCGGGCGCGGAGCUAUGGGGUCUAUUCCACGGUCUUACUAUGGUUUGGGAUAUGGGAUUUCGACAGGUUGAGGCAGAAGUGGACAAUGUGAAUAUCGUGGGGUUCGUGAACAACACGGAAGAUUUAAGAGGCGUCUCUUCUGGUUUGGUUCUUAGUAUACGCGAAUUACUUAGUCGUGAAUGGCGAGUCAAGACUUCCCAUAUCCUCCGCGAAGCUAAUUUUGCGGCUGAUUCUUUGGCGUCUCUGGCAACAUCGGCGCCGUUCGGUCUCCAGGUUCUUUCGGAUCCCCCGCCCAGUGUUAUCCCAUGGCUAGCGCAUGAUGGUAGUGGUUCCUCGUACCCGAGACACAUGUUUUGCCUAACUUAG